AUGGUUCGCAAAAAAGAUGAUAAAGUUUUGCUUUUGAUCGUUGUUGCUGUACAUGUGUGUUCCGGAGGAAUUUCUUAUAGAUGGAACCCAUUGGAUUCUUAUCAAAAUUACGAUGUGGGAAAUUCGAAUCAGCAAGUUUACUUGGGCACGUCUCCAGAUGGACAGACACGAAAAGCAAUUUUUAAUAUCACUCACAUUGAUGUUCAAAAAGUUGUCGUCCAGUAUUCGAAUCUGCGGUGCAUUUCGACCUCGGAAUGUUCGCAAUACCAAGGAGCUCUGUGCAUAAAUUCGUACUGUGCAACUAAAGUGAAACGUUGUCAGUCUGACGCUGACUGCCCAUCAGAUGCAUCUUGCGUGCAGUCACAGUGCAUGAGGAGUGGAGGUGUUUGCAAGGAAGACAAAGAUUGUCCUGUUGGAUCAGGAUCCAUUUGUGUCGACUCACAAUGUGUGGGAGCAAUUAAAUGUCAGACAUCUGCUGACUGUCCUGUCGAGCCAUACAUGGAAUGCAUAAGAUCACAAUGUCAGGAAACUAGCUAUCCAUGUCGCAUAGAUGCUGACUGUCCUUCUCGUGUUCCUAUGAAAUGUUCGCAGCAACGUUGUGUAAGAGACAACGACUUCUGCAACAAUGACCAAGAAUGCUACUCAAGAGGAUUCAAAGUCUGUGUUGAUCAUCGUUGUGUGAAGCAACAGCAUUGUCAGUCAAACAGAGACUGCCGCUCGUAUCCAGCAGAAAUUUGCUUAGAUUCUGUAUGUGUCGAAGCGUCCAGAUGCAGAGAUGAUGCAGACUGUUCGCAAAAUCAGGGAAUGUUCUGUAUAGCUUCUGUGUGCCAGGAGCUUCGUCAGUCCUGUUUGCUGGACUCUGAUUGUCCAUUGGACCUUUGGGUGUUCUGCAUCAAAAACAAAUGCACAAAGCUUGGACAACGUUGUUCUACUGAUCGUGACUGCCCACCUAAUUCCUUCUGCGUAGGAUCGAAGUGCAACAAGCCUAUCUCCUGUUACUCGGACCCAGACUGCUCGAAUUUUCCUGGUGCUUACUGUCUCAAUUCGAAAUGCACGAAUGCACUCCCUUGCCAAAAAGACUCAGAAUGCCAAGUUAACGAUGAUGUGUACUGUGUCAAUUCGGCGUGCAGAAAGCUUGGACAGCCUUGUGGUAGAGAACAGGAGUGUCCCUAUCAACCAUUCGUAGAGUGCGUCGAACUAAAAUGCGUAAAAGCAGGCCAAAUUAGAUCCUGCGAGACGGAUGCGGACUGCCCUUCCUUUCCACCAAUGGGGUGUCUCCAUUCGAAAUGUGUGAGAAUUGGACAAAGCUGCGGAAUAGACAGAGACUGCCCACCCCGAAUGAGAUGCGUGAACUUUAAAUGUGCGACACGUGGUCCACGUUGCACGACAAACAGGGAUUGCAUGGAUCUGAACAUGUACUGUAGGAGUUCUGAGUGCUUGAGGUUAGACCAAGGUUGUAGCACAGAUUCUGACUGUCCUUCAAAAACAUUCUGCAUUUACUCGAAAUGCGUCAGGGAUCGAGAGGAAUGCAACAAUGAUUUUGACUGUUUGUAUAAUCCACAGACGAAAUGCGUCAAGCACAAAUGCGUGAAGAUCCGUCAACGAUGUGUGAAUGAUGAUGAUUGUCCAUAUCGACCAGACACUGCGUGUAUAGAUUCGCGGUGCGAAAAAAUUGGACAAAACUGUAACAAAGACGGCGACUGUCCUUUCUUUCCAAAAAUAAAAUGUCUUGGUGGACAAUGUGUGAAGAUCGGUCAACGAUGUGUAAAUGACGAUGAUUGCCCACAUCGACCACAUACUGCCUGCAUAGAUUCCCUGUGCGAAAAGAUUGGACAAAGCUGUAGCAGAGACAACGACUGCCCACCCCGAAUGAGAUGCGUGAACCUUAAAUGUGCGACACGUGGUCCAGGUUGCACGAUAAACAGGGACUGCGUGGAUCUGAACAUGUACUGUAGGAGUUCUGAGUGCUUGAGGUUAGAACAAGGCUGUAGCACAGAUUCUGACUGUCCUUCGAAGACAUUCUGCAUUUACUCGAAAUGCGUCAGGGAUCGAGAGGAAUGCAACUAUGAUUCUGAUUGUUUGUAUAAUCCACAAACGAAAUGCGUCAAGCACAGAUGUGUGAAGAUCCGUCAACGAUGUGUGAAUGAUGAUGAUUGUCCAUAUCGACCAGACACUGCGUGUAUAGAUGCGCGGUGCGAAAAGAUUGGACAAAGCUGUAACAAAGACAGUGACUGCCCUUUCUUCCCGAAAACAAAAUGUCUCGGGGAAAAGUGUCUGAAGCUUGGAAGAGGUUGUAGAAGGGAUGAUGACUGCCCUAAUUUCCCUCUGACAAUGUGUAUUCAGUCCCAGUGUGUGAAGAAGGGCCAGUCUUGCCACAAAGACGAAGACUGUCCUUUUUAUCCGUACACGGAAUGCACAAACUCAGAAUGCGUAAAGGUGAAGCUACUAUGCAUCAGGGACAAAGACUGUCCAAACAGUCCACCAAGGGAAUGCAUGGAUGGAUUGUGUAUUAAGAGAAGGCUUUGUAAGCUAGACACGGAUUGCCCGUUCUAUCCUAAAACUAAGUGCUUGAAUACGCACUGCUGUACACUAGGUAAUGAAUGUAACAGGGACGAUGAGUGUGAAAAUCGAAGGUACUGUCUUGAGUCUGUUUGCAUCAGGCUAGAUCUUCCUUGCUGGCGAGAUCAGGAUUGCCCAUUUUACCCCCUCACGAAAUGUCGCCGUCAACGGUGCAUCAAAAAAUAUAGAAGGCCCUCGACUACAAGAACUACACCAACACAUAGACCACUACCAACUACAUCAACCACUAGAAGAACUACAACAUCAACCACUAGAAGAACUACAACAUCAACCACUAGAAGAACUACAACAUCAACCACUAGAAGAACUACAACAUCAACCACUAGAAGAACUAUAACAUCGACCACUAGAAGAACUACAACAAGCACUGGAAGAACUAAAGCACCAGAAAGAACUACGUGUAUGUCCGUUGCAGAAGCCAUAGCAGAAAAACGCCUAGUGCCGUUUCCGAACUGUGAUAACCAAAUGUGUCCAACUGAUCAUUCCAAAAUAUUGACCGACACUAUUAGAAGAAGAGUCGUACAGCUACACAAGCAAUACCGAUCCGAAGUGGCUCGAGGAAACAUUCCGGUCAAUGGCUCUAUCAGAAAAAGACGCGCUAUUAAUAGAGGAAAACGUCGUGAAGAACGCAGACGCCUUCGUGAAGAACGCAAACGUCUACGUGAAGAACGCAAACGUCUACGUGAAGGACGCGGUUGCCGCCGUAAAAACGGAGGAAAAGGAUGCUCUAAUGAAGGCAGAGGGAACAGAAAAUAUAGAAAAGCUGCGGAAAUGAGGGAAAUGUCUUACGACUGCGGGAAUGAGAUGACUGCCUAUACCAUAGCGACAGAGUGCGGCAGGAACACCAAACAUAUUUCUCGUCACGGAACUAGUGAGAACACCUACAGAAAAUACAAUGUUAAGAUUUUUGACGCCGAAGGGAUAAUUGUUGAGGCCAUCAACUCGUGGUUCCAUGAGAUUGAUACUGGUUACAUGGAACACGGUGAGGGACAGAGAAACCUCUACCAUUCCUAUCUCAACAUACCGAAUUUCGCAAAGAUCGUCUGGGGAACCCAUGAGAAAGUCGGCUGUGCUGUUGUUAAGUGCAGUAACUACGUAAAUGUUGUGUGUCUCUAUGGACCCAACUCGUCGUUUGGAGAAGGAAAUCAGAUCUAUCGGCUAAGACGACCACGCCCCACUCCGCAACCCACACCAACGCCCACCGUUCGGAUAUCUCCACCAACGCAGCCAACUCCGCCACCCACACCACCGCCCACUGUUCGGACAUCCUCACCAACGCAGCCAACUCCGCCAUCCACACCACCGCGCACUGUUCGGACAUCUCCACCAACACAGCCAACUCCGCCACCCACACCACCGCGCCCUACUCCGCCACCCACAGUACCGCACACUGUUCGGACACCCACACCACCGCCACCCGCACCACCGCGACCUUGUCGUCCACACAAGAGACCGUGUCCUGGUCGUCCACACAAGAGACCACGUCCUGCUCGUCCACACAAGAAACCGCGUCCUGCUCGUCCACACAAGAAACCGCGUCCUGCUCGUCCACACAAACCAUGGGGGCCGCAACCCACAAUACCGCACACUGUUCGGACAUCCCCACCAACGCAGCCAACUCCACCUCUCACACCACUGCGUCCUACUCCUCCACCCCCACCACCGCCACCCACACCACCGCACACUGUCCGGACACCCACACCACCGCGACCUUGUCGUACACACAACAGACCGUGUCCUGGUCAUCCACACCACAGACCGUGUCCUGGUCGUCCACACGUACCAUGUUGCCCUUGCUCUUCACCGCACACUGUUCGGACAAACCCACCACCGCCACCUCCGCCUCCUCCUCUACCCACACCGCACCCUUGUGGUCCCCACAAACGACCACACCCUGGUCGUCCACACAAACGACCACACCAUGGUCGUCCACACAAACCAUGGGGCCCUUGCUCUUCAAACAGACGACCUCAUCCUGGUCCUCCACAGAGACAACCGAGCCCUUGCAUUGAUUGUCAUCGAUUACGUCCGCGUGGACGGGUAGGUAUGGUCGGACCGCCAGGUGAAGGUGGACGCCAGGGAAUGCACGGAGCUCCAGGACGACCGGCUCCACGGGGAAUAGUUGGAUCUGCCGGAAAAGAUGGUGCUGCGGGUGCGAUUGGUGCCACUGGCCUACUGGGAUCACCGAGUUACCCGAGCGGUGAUGCUGUUUACUGA